AUGGGGAAGGCGAAUGGAUCAAACGUUGCUUCAAAGGCGGCUCAAAAGCCUGCUGAAAAACAUGGAUAUGAGUUCUGCGGCCCACCCGGUGCAACAGUGCUAGUACUCGGCCUACCUGUUCUUAUCUAUGUCUUCCCGUUCCUUUGCAAUGAUAUCUCAGGAUGUCCUGCGCCGUCCCUUCUAAGCCCAUCUUCAUUAUCCCUCGAAAAACUCAAGGCUGAGGUUGGUUGGCCCGAGAAUGGAAUUAGAGGUUUUUACAGCACGGAAGCUACACUCUACGUUCUGGGAUACUAUCUCCUCAGUUUGGUUCUACAAGUCUUUCUCCCAGGAAGAGAGCCUGAAGGAGUAGUUCUGGCGUGUGGAAGCCGUCAUAAGUAUAAGUUCAAUUCUUUCUCUUCCGCACUCCUGAUGCUGCUAGGUUGCGCUGUGGGAACCUGGAUAUAUGGCGCUGAAUUCCCACUAUGGACCUUCCUCUGGGAGAACCACCUUCAAGUGGUUACAGCCAACCUUAUCAUCUGUGUGUCACUAGCUGUGUUUGUUUACCUGAGGAGUUUCACGGUUCCUGCUCCGGGGCAACAUAAUCCUAUGAACCGCGAAUUGGCUCCUGGAGGACAAAGUGGCAACAUCAUAUACGAUUAUUUCAUUGGGCGCGAGCUCAAUCCAAGAAUUAUUCUCCCCAUUCCAUUCGUUAGUGAAAACUCCAGGACCCUUGACAUAAAGGCAUUUUGUGAGAUGCGCCCUGGACUCCUUGGGUGGGUUAUCAUGAACCUUUCAAACAUUGCACACCAGUACAGAAUAAAUUCCGGCAACGUGACUUCAUCAAUACUUCUCAUCACCGCGUUCCAGGCCUGGUAUGUGUUUGAUGCACUCUAUAUGGAACCGGCUAUUCUUACAACCAUCGACAUCAUUCUGGAUGGAUUCGGUUUCAUGCUGUCUUUCGGCGACUUGGUUUGGGUUCCAUUCAUCUACUCUCUGCAAACAAGAUACCUCGCUAUGUACCCUCUUCAGUUGAGCCCUAUCAAUGUUGCAUUGAUACUCGGUGCGCAGGGUGUUGGAUACUCUAUUUUCCGUGGAGCCAAUAACCAGAAGAAUAGAUUCAGGACAAACCCCGAUGAUCCACGCAUCAAACAUAUCCAAUACAUCGAGACUCGCAGCGGGUCAAGACUUAUGACUUCCGGAUGGUGGGGGAUGGCUCGCCAUAUUAACUAUCUCGGAGACUGGAUCAUGGCUUGGACUUACUGCCUCCCGACUGGUAUGGCCGGAUUUGCUAUGAUGGAAUCUCUGAACCCUAUUACAGGUAUGAUGGAGAAACGUGCUGUUCAGACAGAAGAGUCGCGCGGGUGGGGAAUGGCCAUCACCUACUUCUACGUUGUUUACUUUGGAAUCCUUCUCGUCCAUAGAGAGCGACGUGACGAAGACAAAUGCAAAAGAAAAUACGGUGAAGACUGGGCCAAAUAUACUUCCAGGGUUAAGAGUAGAAUCAUUCCAGGUAUCUACUAG